UCACGACGCUGGAGCAGGAGAGAGCAGGCGAUGAGAGGAAGCUGCAAUAAACACACAGGGCGUCUGCGCCUUCCUGGAGAGGACAAUUAAGUGAAAACGGCAUCAAUGCUCUAACAAUGGAUGUGUCACCUUUGCUACCCCUUAAAGUUUUCCUCUUCGUUUACUUGCUAAGCUACACCCAAGGACACUACAGGAAUCCUCUGAACAAGUAUAUCCGCCAUUAUGAAGGCCUGUCCUACGACACAGAGCUCGUUCACAGCAAACAUCAAAGGGUGAAGCGGGCCCUCUCCCAUGAAGACAGGUUCCUUCAUCUAGACUUUCAUGCCCAUGGAAGGCAUUUCAAUUUACGAAUGAAAAGGGACACCACCUUAUUUUCUCCAGAUCUGAAAGUGGAGGUUUCAGGAGAGGAGAUACCUUACGACACCUCUCACAUCUACACAGGAGAAAUCUACGGUGAGAAAGGUACCUUGACUCAUGGCUCCGUUGUGGAUGGUAAGUUUGAAGGCUUUAUACAGAGCUACCACGGGACUUACUACGUGGAACCAGCCGAGCGAUACCUGGAGGAUAAAGACGUGCCGUUUCACUCUGUCAUCUACCACGAAGACGACAUCCACUACCCGCACAAGUACGGCCCAGAGGGAGGCUGCGCCGAUAGCUCCGUGUUCGAGAGGAUGAGGAAGUAUCAGGCCUCCGCCGUAGAGAAGCCAGCCAAGGAGCUCCACGCUGAGGCUGAGGCUGAAGGGCCCGUGCUGCUGAGACGAAAGAGGAUGGCCCAGGCGGAGAAAAACACCUGCCAGCUUUUCAUUCAGACCGACCACCUGUUCUAUAGAUACUACAAGAGCAACGAAGCUGUCAUAGCUCAGAUCUCCAGCCAUGUCAAAGCCAUUGAUGCCAUCUAUCAGGGCACAGACUUCAUGGGGAUUCGUAACAUCAGCUUCAUGGUGAAACGGAUCAGGAUAAACAACACCGACGUCGACAAAGACAGAUCCAACCCGUUCCGCUUCUCCAACAUUGGCGUGGAGAAGUUUCUGGAGCUAAACUCUGAGCAGAAUCACGACGAUUACUGCUUGGCUUACGUUUUCACAGACCGAGAUUUUGAUGAUGGAGUGUUGGGGCUGGCCUGGGUGGGCGCACCCUCAGGCAGCUCAGGGGGGAUCUGUGAAAAAAGCAAGCUGUACUCUGAUGGGAAGAGGAAGUCUCUCAACACCGGUAUAAUCACUGUUCAGAACUACGCGUCCCACGUACCUCCAAAAGUCUCUCAUAUCACCUUCGCACAUGAAGUGGGACACAACUUUGGCUCCCCUCAUGACUCUGGAUCCGAGUGCACCCCGGGGGAAUCCAAAAGCCAAGACAAGAAGGAGAAGGGCAAUUAUAUCAUGUAUGCGAGGGCCACGUCGGGAGACAAGUACAACAAUAAUAAGUUCUCCAUCUGCAGCAUUCGCAACAUCAGCCAGGUUCUGGAGAAGAAGAGAGGGAACUGUUUUGUUGAAUCGGGUCAGCCCAUCUGUGGUAAUGGCCUGGUAGAACCUGGAGAGGAGUGUGAUUGUGGCUACAGUGACCAGUGCAGAGACCAGUGCUGCUACGAUGCAAACCAGCCCGACAAAGACAAGUGUAAAUUAAAGCCCAACAAAGUCUGCAGCCCGAGUCAGGGUCCAUGCUGCACGCGGGAGUGCACCUACAAAGGUCGCAACGAGAAGUGCAGGGAGGAGUCGGAGUGUGCCCACCAGGGCAUGUGCAGCGGCACAGGCGCUCAGUGCCCCACCUCAGAGCCAAAGGCCAACUUCACUGCCUGCCAUGGAGAAACUCAAGUCUGCCUCAAUGGGGGCUGCUCCGGCUCCAUCUGUGAGAAGUACGGGCUCGAGGCGUGCACCUGUGCCAGCCAAGAAGGGAAGGAUGAGACGGAGCUUUGCCACGUGUGCUGCAUGGAGAAGAUGAACCCAAACACGUGCAGCAGCACCGGAUCCGAACGGCUGGCUCGCUUCUUCAACAAGAAGGUGACCACUCUGCCCGCAGGCUCGCCUUGCAACGACUUCCGGGGUUACUGCGACGUGUUCAUGAAGUGCCGGCUGGUGGACGCAGACGGGCCGCUCGCCCGACUAAAGAAGGCCAUCUUUAACCCAGAACUCUACGAGAACAUCGCAGAGUGGAUUGUGGCUCACUGGUGGGCUGUGCUGUUGAUGGGCAUCGCCCUCAUCAUGCUCAUGGCUGGUUUCAUUAAGAUCUGCAGUGUUCACACACCCAGCAGUAACCCCAAGCUGCCUCCCCCCAAACCGCUGCCAGGCACUCUGAAACGGCGACGGGCGCAGCAGCACGCCAGCUCUCAGGUGCAGCACCAGUCCCAGCACCCUCACGCCCAUGGCGGCCAGCGGCAAGCCCGCGGACAGCCGCAGCGGCAGCCGCAGCCCCAGAGGCACCACCGCCAGCCCAGAGAGAACUAUCAGAUGGGCCAGAUGAGACGCUGAGAACCCCUCGGCCCCCCCCACCUCUCUUCUGCUAACCCCCCCAAUGCCUUGGCUCCUCCUCGUGCCUACAGUGGGAAACAAAAGCGUCACUCCAUCCAAAGAAAAAGCCUGACAUGGUUGUUUAUCGUCGUCAUUUCCUCCAACCUGCAGACAAGCCGCUGACGCGGAACGAGAGUAAACAUUGUCUAAUAACUCAAGCGGCUGUUUGUGGCGUGGACUGGACCUUCAGCCGCCUCCAGCGCAGUGCGAUUAAGCAUCACUCCUCCAUCUUGCUUUUUCCUCCUUUCUUUUUUUUCUCCCUUUUUCUUCGGCGUGCCGAGGAGUUAAACCCGCGUGGCGUCAGUGCAUCCUGUGAUGUGUUUUUUCGUUCGGUUGCAACGUCUUCUUGGAUUGACUAGCCGUGGCUGCUGGUGAAUCCUUCUCCGCUUCUUCUUCUUCUUUUGUUUCUCUCCUCACCAUCCUAGCCGGAAAUGAGACGCCCAGAUGUGUUUUUUUUCUUCUGAUUUUUACACGCGUCGAUCAGCAAGAGAGGCUCCGGUCUCCUCAUGCAGACAUCUUUCUGCAUGUGACUGUAAAUAAUUAGUGUAUCAUAAGUGAAAACAAACUAUUUCUUCUACUGUAAAUGUGUAAUUCUUCACUUUUUUUUUCUCUCUUUUUCUUUUCGGUUAGUGCUCUCAGGAUUAUUAACACAUAAAUGAAGGAACAUUAAGGAUUUGACGCUCUUGUGUCGCCGUCUGUCGGAUCACAUUCACUUUUACUUGAUUCUAAGAUUAUGAACACUAAGGGCAUCAUCUCCCUGUUUUUUUUUUUUUCUGUAUUUCGGUCUUGCUAACAUUUCGCUGCGUGAGGAGAUGUAGCGUCCCGGGAACAGAAAGGAAGGAUCACGUUAGUAUUUUUGUUCUCGAAGAAUGAAGCUGAUCAUGUUCAAUAAGGAAGGCUAGGAGUCUAGAAAUGAGUCGUGUUACAGAGUUAGUUUACAUGAGUGUGGAAAUAAAUCUUAAAAAUUACAAAAAAAAAAAAAAAUGUAAGAUGAAAUCAUCCUAUUAUUCUUCAGAUAGUGAAUCUUAAGAUCUGUUCAAUGUGGGCAU